AUAACCGAUGCUUGGUCAAUCUCUUCCUUCAAACGUGAUCUAAGUCUUGCCGGGAACGGGAACUGUUCUGAAGCUGAUCACUGAAUACCGUUUUGCAACCAUGUGGACUGUACUCGUGCUUAUCUGUUUCAUAUCGUCGUUCGAUAUCGGCGCUACAAAGGAUCAAUUACAUCCACAAUCUUACAUAGAACACCCAGACUCUACUGAAACAAGAUUAAGGAAGCUAGAGGAUCCAUCGAUUAGAUUUCCCAGAAGAUUCAGGGAGAACAGUCGCACGAGGCGAUUGCACAUUGAAAAUCAAACUGGAUUCGAUGGAAAGGUAGAGAAGAUUCAUAUCAAUUCUGAGGAAGACCUUCCUGGAAUACGCGCCUAUGGAUUGCAGAAGAAGAACCUAAUGAAUAACGGGUACAUCGAGAGGAAGAUAGAAAAAGAGAUUAAAGAAGAUCUUAACGAUGCUUCUAGAGUAACUCGUUCGGUGGAGGCGUACGGAAAAUCCAAAGAUCACCUUGAGACCAAUGGAAAAAUUGAAAGAAUACAGUCUCCUAUAUCACCUCGAGCAACAAGCGAAUCAGGAAAUAGAGUAUCCAGAUCCAUAGCAACGGGAAGCAAAGGAGAACCGGAUGACCUGGAAGCCCAAGACGCGAAAAUCUUCAGACCGUUGUUCGUGUACAGACAGCAACAGGCGAAGAAGCAACAUCGUGCGAAGAAUCGUUUCUUGCAGAUGAACCAGAAUUCUUUCUACAAUCGACGUCCAUUCUUCUGAAAUCCUCUCAUCUGACCAACGUGUUCGCCUCUCGAGUGCCUGGAAACAAAAUGAAGGAUCAAUCGUGUGAUCAAACAGAAAAGACAGAAGCUAGUUAUUACAACAUGCAAACGAACAUCGAGCACACUGUUUGCGUUACGAUGAUCCUUGAGUCGGCUAAUUAUCAUAAUAAUUAACCGAUCGAGGCAGAAGUCGUUUUGUGCCAUAAAAGAAGAAAGCGGUUCCCGCGCGUCCCUUCCCCGAACACGUUUAGCCUGUCGACGAGAAUGACUUAUGACGAUCGAAAGCACGAUAAACGCUCGAUAAUGACCAAGAAGGAUGCACGGGAAGAGAAUAUUUCCAUCCUGUGUUAUUAAUCGGCGUGUAACCAGCGCGCGCCAUGGGCGAUAUAUACCAAAAAGUAUUACCGAUAAGCGCGAAACCAAGAUUUAUGUAAUUAGAUGCCGAUGGACUAUUAACAUUUUGUAGCGUUCUUGCUUUUCCAAUAUGAAUUAUAAUUAUUACUGUAAAUAAAGAAUCGACAAUAUUAUAACUGUUUUAA